UUUUCAGUUAAAUUAUUGCUUAGCAGUUAGUUCGAUCUGUGAUACAGGAGAAAUAAUGCCGGAGAAUUGAAUAUUUUCGCCGGAUCUAUAUAUUUCGGCGCUGAUGGAGGCUCACGGCGUCAGUUUCCGCCGUGUUCUGGAGAUGGCAUUCUGCGUCGCUGGUAUAUGGUCGGCUUAUAUAUACCAAGGCAUUCUUCAAGAAACCGUGUCUACUAAACGAUUUGGCCCUGAUAAGGAGAGGUUUGAACAUCUGGCAUUCUUAAACUUGGCACAAAGUGCUGUUUGUUUAAUAUGGUCAUUCAUGAUGAUAAAGUUAUGGCCCAGUGGUAGUACUGGUCGUGCUCCUUGGUGGAGUUACUGGAGUGCUGGGAUUACUAAUACCAUUGGCCCAGCUAUGGGGAUUGAAGCAUUAAAAUACAUCAGUUAUCCUGCUCAGGUCCUGGCAAAAUCCUCAAAAAUGAUUCCAGUAAUGCUGAUGGGGACACUAGUUUAUGGUAUAAGAUACACUUUUCCGGAGUAUAUUUGUACUCUCCUUGUUGCUGGUGGGGUGUCUGCAUUUGCGCUGGCAAAGUCUAGCUCAAAGGCCUUGAGCAAGCUGGCUCAUCCUAAUGCUCCACUUGGAUACGGGUUGUGUUUCCUAAAUUUGACAUUCGAUGGUUUCACAAACGCAACACAAGAUUCAAUCUCAGCAAGGUACCCGAAAACAGGUGCAUGGGACAUAAUGCUAGGGAUGAAUUUAUGGGGCACCAUCUACAACUUAGUUUUCAUGUUUGGUUUUCCACAAGCAAGUGGUUAUCAAGCAGUUGAAUUCUGCAAGAACCACCCCGAAGCCGCCUGGGAUAUACUCUACUACUGUUUAUGUGGUGCAAUUGGCCAAAACUUCAUAUUCUUUACCAUUAGCAGGUUCGGUUCGCUAACAAACACCACAAUCACGACAACCCGAAAGUUUGUAAGCAUUGUGGUGUCAUCGCUGCUUAGCGGCAAUCCCCUAUCCAAGAAGCAAUGGGGAAGUGUGGUUAUGGUGUUCACUGGAUUAUCAUACCAGAUUUACCUCAAAUGGCAGAAAGUUCAGAAGAAGAAAAAGACUGUGUGAAUAUAACAGUCAUUGACGUCUUCAUCUAUUAAAAGGAAAAUGGCUUCAUACUCGUUAAAAGGUCAUGUAUUUAAUUAAAAUCUCGUUUAUGGUUAUAUAGCUAAACAUCUCGUGAAUAUAAACAUACAGUUGUAACUGAGUUUUGUGGUGGUUAAAUUUUGAACGUAGAAGUGUAAAAUUGGUUAGGUCUUGCGUAAUGGCUCGAAUGCGGGAAUUAGUACGCGAGCUUAUUGAAAGAGUUUAUGUAAAAGUGCUAAAAGAAUUUGUUGGUUAUGUUUACUUUUUAUUUAUAUGGUAAGGAUAGUGUCGUGGACGUUUGGAUUUCU